UUAUUUAGAGCCUUCUACUGGCCCUGAUUUGAAUUCAAGCUUUGCACGCUUCCAUCGAACCCUCUGCUACGUCAUUAGCAGUGAGGAGGGGGUGAUUGUUUUCAGCAUAAAGAAGGUUUGCUUUACCGGGGGCCCCCAGUCCCUUCUGGUCCCCCUUCAGUCAAACUAUGGCAUGGACAAGAGCAGCGAUGCAAAGCAGAGCUUUUGUUAGAAGUCACAGCUCAGUUUUUGGGUUGCCAAGCAAGAUCAAGUCGGAAUUUCUUUCUGCUGCGCACCAGGACUUUGUAGAUUUCGUCUAAAUCACAAAAAUGCUGCAGAACAUCCUGAAAUGCCUCGUUCUCAUCAUCCUCCAAACAGCCUCAGGUGAUGAGUGCUCUCUUGAGAUUUCCCCCUCGAGGGCAGUGGUGAGGUUUGGGGAAGCGGUGUCGGUCAGCUGUGUGGCGUCGCGGCCUGUACGUGUGUUAGGAUGGGAAUCAGCCAUCAGUGCUUCAUACACUCAACGUGACCUCACAGUCCAGUGGCAGGUGGACAGCUUGAUCGACUGGAUCGAGGAGCCGAUCUGCUACGGGGUUUUCUUCACUGCACCCAGACAGUGUGAAGAGAAGCUCAACCUUGUUCUAUAUAAAACUCCAGACAGCAUCUCCAUCCGCUUGGUAAACCACACCGGCGCCAUGGUGGAAGGCAGAGAGUACCAGCUGCUGUGUGAGGUACAGAACGUCGCCCCAGUUCAGUAUCUCACACUGCGCUGGUAUCGAGGGCAGACCGAGGUGUACAAUAACACUUUCUCCGAGCUGUCACCUGCCACCCCGGUCCAAGUGUCUUCUACCCUGCUGAUCACUCCGAGCAAGGCAGAGGAUGGAGCUCUAUACAGCUGUGAGGCAGCACUGGAACUGGGACCGGAAGGACCUCAACCUCCUCCUCGAGUCCGAUCAGAGCCGCUCAGCAUUAACGUACACUACCCUCCUGACUCGUUCAACCCACAGCAGGAGGUCAUGGAGCUUAAAGAUGGAGAGAAGAUUACACUGAAUUGUUCUGCAGAAGGAAAUCCAUCACUUUCGUACAGCUGGAGCUCACCACAUCUGCAGGACAUAGACGACAGUCAGCCACUGUUCACAGCUACUUCUUCGGGCACUUACACCUGCACGGCAUACAAUUUACUGGGCAAAUCGAGCAAGGAGUUCAUCAUCAAUCUCAAGACCAAAGGUGUUUAGUGUUACAUGUCCUCCUUAUCUUUCCAUUGGAUGGACUUAAAGCUGGUGUGAAGACCUCGCUAAGACGUCCAAGCGUCAGAGCCAGAGCCCUACAAAGGAAAAUUCCCUGACCUUUAAAUCUUCCAAUUUUCCCCUGUAAUGAUCACAUACAUAAAUAUUUCUAACAUUGUACAUGAUGUCAAAAUUUGACUGAAAUAAAAGUAUCUGUUAAAGCUCUACUCAAGUGGAAGUAAUAAAGUUACUUUUCAAUCUGCUAAAGUGCUAGAAAGUAAAUAGUUAAUGUUUUAACUUAUAUAACUUUUAUAAAAGUGUUUUAUAAUUGUUUUUUGUCACAUUUCCAUUAGCUACAAUCCAGCUUUUUGGUAAAAAAAAAAAAAAAAAAAAAAAAAAAUUGAUUAGCUAAAGGAUUGAUGCCAGCUUAGCAUUAGCAAACAAAACAAGCUAACUUGUUUGUAACAACUAAAGUUGAUGUUAGCCCAUUAGUGAAAAUGACCUCAUGCCCUACAGAGAGGUAAAGGUAAGGCCUCAUUCUCCCUGAGUCUUGACUCACUUCAGCUGAACGAGUAGGGUUGGAGAUGCACAUCCUCACCUUCCACAGUGCAGUCUGCUGGAUUAUCCAUCAACUACAUAUGUGUAGCAUGAGUUUGUCGUUCUAGGUGCUAAUUGAAGUGAAAAGUUGCUAAACUGAGCCCAUUGUAUUGAUGUAUAAUGUAAAGACACCGGCCAUAUGGAAGAAGAAGAAGAAGAAGAAGAAGGAGAAGAAGAAGUAGAAGAAGAGACAGCUACGUUUUGAAGUUCUAAACAGAAUUAGGAAUAGUAUUUAGUUUCAUUAAUACUUGAGGAAGGUAUAAAUACAUCAAACUAAUAUGUAAGUAUAGUAACAAAAUCUGAGUCCUCGAGAAUUGUCCCCCUGCCUUUCUUUGUAUGAUUAGUGUCUGUAGACUGUUGCUAAAUUGUGCAUUGCGUCACAUGUAUAGAGUCAUUAGGCCUCGUUUAUCAAACUUCCAGUAAUUUUUUGUGAAUGUUUGUUUUUGUAAACAAAACCAGAAUAAA